AUGCAGAGGCCGCCACUUCCCGUUCAGCCGCCAAUAUGGGCUCAGUCUCGACAAGAGCUUUGCGAAUCUUUCGACUGGUUCCGUAGCUAUCAAGGCGGUGUCUACUUCUUGCAUAAUAUCGUCAAAGGCUACUUGUUGAGCGCGUACUCUUCGGAUCGAGAUAUAUGUCAUCACGACGGCAGGCUGAUCAUAUCGCAUGGAGGGGGCAAGUCGGAAGCAUUACAUACCAAAAAAGGCCAGAUUGAAAAACAAUCAGCGUCGGAUCAACUUGCGGAAGACAAGUCUGUCAAGGCACUUCUCAACACUUUCAAGACAGGGCAGCCUGUUGUGCUCCUGAUAGACGAUCGAUAUUCCUUAUUCCCGUUCGAUUUGGCUGCUGGGAAGUAUACAUACGUAGUCCUUGGAUUCUAUAGGAUCGUACAUGCCUGGGGUAAAUCUACUUCUGAUCUGCAACUUCUCCCAACUGGACAGCGAGUGGUGCGCUACAAGUUCGCAUUCCAGUGGUGUGACCAACAGGGAAUUCCGUGGUGGUGCCAGAAGAGCCCCACUGAUGGUAAACCCUCGCGCGUUUUAGAGUAUCUCAAGUACCAUUGCCAAGAUUUUUUGAAGCUCACAGAUACUACGGAAGGCUGCCAAGCUUUACUAGAUAUUUUACCUGAAAACCUUCCAGAUUGUCAGAACAUGAUCGUAACGGAUCUGUCUAGGCCCUUGCCGUUUUCCUCCGGAAACAAGCAAUGCUCUUACCGAACAUACACUCUACCUGAGGAUAGAGGAAAGAUUCACUUGAUCCAAGGCCAUCCUCUAAUCAAUGAGGAGGCUAAUCAGAUAUUCCAGGAGUAUCAAGAACAAGCGAGUAGCGGUCAGCUCAAAUUUCGUCGGUUUCCUAUGAAAAAUGCUCUAGGUCGAGGUCGGCUUCUGACGAAUUAUUUCUCCCAAAAUAGUGCCUGGUGCCCAAUAUCAGGUAAACUUUCUCUUGGUCUAGAUGAUGCAUUCCUAAUGGGAUCGCAGUACGUUGGGAGCGCAGACCAGACUGUCCCCCUCGAAGAUGCAUGUUCGGCGGUUCGGCGCGCUCUGAACCUGAUUCGACAGCGUGUCAAGGACGCGCUCAAAUCUGACGUUUGUUUUAACGAAAUUCUGAGUGCUGCGUACAUGGAGAAGCAAAGUAUGGCUGGGGAUAUUGUCGUGAUGGACGGGCUUGACGUGCAGAAGUACUACGAACAUACGGUUAUUCCUAGGAAUUUUCGCAUAGCUGCAACGGCACGAUGCAUCUCAAAGGAAAAUUGGUCUUGA